GGAAAAGGUAAACACCGAAAAUCUGUACGAGCGUGUAAAAUUUUCGCUCUUAUUUCUCAUAAUACAUGAAUUAUAGGGUGCAGUCUAUAGGUUAAAGUUUGGAAGCUGAUAAGAAGAACAUCACACCAAUGGUCUAAAAUGUUGGAUAUAUUUACAUGAAUCUACAGCGUAUGGAAUAAACAGACAAACAGUAUUACAUAAACUAGUUAUUUAACAGUGAUAUACACUCAUUUGUUUACAUCUACCUCUUCACAACAAUUUUACAUGGAAGUCUACGGAAGGAUUAUUUCUCUGUUAAAGAUGGGCUAGAUAUACAGCACCAUCUUUCUUCACUUAAUUACAUCAAUAAAGAUCUAUAAGUGUGCCAGCAGUGAGAGAUCAUAGACUAUGGCAUCAAGGUCAAACCCCCAGGUUGAUCCAAGGGCAUCAACCUCCAUCUCUGUGGAGACAGAGGAGGAUGUCACUAGAGAUCCAAGGGCAUCUUUUUCAGAAAUGUCUGUACAGAGUGACCCAAAGCAAUCUACAUAUCUGUCAUCACCAAUGUCCUCCGAAGACUUUGAAAAGCUUUAUACCCCUAAACCAAAGCGCCAGGUGUCACUCGUUGACCUUGUUGGAGAUAAGCCUGAACCAACGCAAGAAACACCAAACUUUGAUGAGAAUGACUUUGAUAGCCAUCGAAGGGAGGGUAUUCAUAUGCAUCAAACAUUGAAGUCCUUACACCAUAGUAGAGGGACCAAGGCCGCUGGUAAACAUAAACCAAAGUCACUUAAAAGUAAAGGAAAGGUUAAAAGCGUACCUGCAUGGAAGAAAGGCUAUUCACCAGACCUGUCAAAGGUGGAGGAAUUAAAACAGGAGAUGGAAACUUUCUCCAAGUCAAUAGAUGAAAAAAUGAAGGAGUCUCCAGAGGAAGAUGGAAAGACAGCUGAUGAAACUAAAACACCAAAAGAUGAAUCCAAGGUUGACCAUGGUGAUGUAAGAAUUGUAGUUGAGGAUGUUGAGCCUAGUUCAUCUACAGUUUCACCUCAACCCUCAUCUUCCCCUAGAGUUGGGUUCUAUGUAGGUGAAAUAGAAGGUGGUUCACCAGUGAGACGUUCAACCCCUGAACCUGCUGGACCCGAUGUUGUUGAUUCAAAAUUGCUGCCACCUACAACGUCACCUUCUAGCCAAUCAGUAGAAAGCGUUGCAGCACAAGCAUUUAAACGAAAUGUAUCUCAAGACCCAGUCCCUUCUACUAUGUUUCAAGUAAAGACAGAUGAUCAAAAUCAAGCAGACAACUCUGAAAAAGCCAAAAUUCCUUUGAAAUCCGAUGCCCAAAUCCCUCUGAUACCUGACAAGGAAAUAAAUCCAGAGAGAGAAAUUUCACUUAAACCAAAGCUUGAUGUUAUAAAUGAGCUAGAAAAUGAGCCUAAAAAAGAGUCAAGUGUGCCGUUUACCUUGGGGCCUUCAGAAGAGCCAUCAUUUUCUGCAUCUGCUAAGGAGCCUCAAGUGCCUGAAUCUGAAAAAGUUGAGCGAACAGACAGUGUGCCCAAAGUGUCCUUUGUAGUAGGUUUAGGCAAAGAUGGAGAAGAGAGUGAUGGACAUGAGGAGCAAGAUGGCUACAGUUAUGCCAACCAUGACUCUGGGGAAGAUAUACCUGGCCAACUUGAUAUUAAAAAGCCUCGUAAAUACUACAAGAAAAAAACACCACAGCUUAGAGUUAAUGAUCAGCUGAGUGGAAGAAGCAGGCGUGGUAGUGACAUUAAGUUAAAUGAAUCCUUACGUAGAGUGCCUACAGAGCAAGAUGAAGCAUCCAUGCUGAAGGGGGCUGAUCUUGAUGAAAUGGCCAGCAACAGAUUCCAGAAUCUUAAGGGACUGAGGCGACCCAAGGCACCCAAGAAUGCUAUGUACUCAAUUGUUCAAAUAGCCAAGCAAGAGUCAAAGAAGCUGUUUCCUCUAAAGAAGAAGUUUGAUCAUAGUCCACAUGAGGUGUUCGUUGAGUUAGAAGAGCUUGAAGUUGGAGACAACCAGGACUAUGAGUGGCAUGAGAAGGCAAGAUGGAUCAAGUUUGAGGAGGAUGUAGAGGAGGGUGCCAAUAGAUGGGGUAAACCUCACGUAGCCUCACUUUCAUUUCAUAGUCUGCUAGAAUUACGGAAAUGCCUGGAAGAAGGUACUAUUAUUUUGGACAUGGAAGACAAAGAUCUGCCAUCUAUAGCCUCAGCGGUUGUUAACAGAAUGGCAAUGAACCAUACAAUAAGACCAGAAGAUAAAGACAGUGUGCUGAGGGCUUUGUUAUUCAAACACAAACACGUCGCUGAGAGGAAAGCAUUUUUGCCUAGAAAUGUUUCAUAUAAGAACUUACUGGAUCUUGAUCAAAGUGAAAUGUAUAAGCGCUGGAGUCGUAGAAGGUCUACUGUCAUGCACACUAUGCGGAGAUUCAGUUUGAGGGGUCACACUCAAGAGGAGCUAGUCAUAGAUAACAUGGCCCACAAUGUGAAGAAGGCCUCGAGUAUGGAUAAAAUUGAAUCACUGGCGAAUGACUCAACAGACGGAAUUGCAGAUGCCCUGAUUUUAAACACACAGAGGGCACCACCGGUGCGAACGCUUAGCGAGGGGGACGGCACGCAUGUUUCAUUCUCUGUGCAUACAGAGCCUGACAAAAUUCGUGUAGAUAUUGACAAUAAUAUGGAGGAUGAAAAGUCUAAGGUGAAAAAAAUUAAAAGUGAUGAAUCAGAUAUUCUUAAACGUAUACCUAAAGGAGCGGAAGCUACUACUGUGUUAGUAGGUACUGUAGACUUUUUGGAAAAACCCACCAUGGCAUUUGUGCGACUUUCUCAGGGACGGCAGUUGCGGAAUUUGACGGAGGUUCCACUUCCUGUUCGGUUUAUUUUCCUCCUGUUGGGGCCACCUACAGCUAAUAUGGAUUACCACGAGAUUGGUCGGUCUAUUUCAACACUCAUGUCAAAUGAGGUUUUCCAUGAAACAGCGUACAAAGCUGAAGAGCGAUCUGAACUUUUAAGUGCCAUAAACGAGUUUUUAGAUGACUCUAUGGUCCUGCCACCUGGUGACUGGGACAAGAAAACACUCAUGCCAAUUAUGGACAUGGCAAAGAAAAAUCUAAGAAGAAGGAAAAAAGCAAAGAAAGCUGAAGAAAAAGCAGGAUUAGUGAUAGAUAAGGGUGGCAUCCCAGUAGACCCUCUCAAGAGAACAGGGAAGUUGUUUGGAGGUCUAGUGAAUGAUAUAAAGAGACGUUAUCCUCAUUAUUUAAGUGACAUUAAAGAUGGACUGAACUUCCAAUGUUUUGCAUCUUUUAUCUUCAUUUACUUUGCGUGUUUGGCACCUGCAAUUACCUUUGGUGGUUUGCUUGGAGAAAAGAUGGACAAUCUGAUGGGUGUCACUGAGACAAUGCUGGCCAGUGCUCUGGGGGGUCUAGUCUUUGCUGCAUUUUCUGGCCAACCUUUAGUAGUUAUAGGAGCAACUGGUCCCACUAUUGUUUUUGAGGUUGCCAUAUAUAAAUUUUGCAAAAGUAUCCACAUAGAGUUUAUGCCUAUGAGGGUGUGGAUUGGGGCCUGGGUGGCACUUAUGUCUAUCAUAGUUGUGGCCCUUGAGGGGAGCUUUGUCAUCCGCUACGUCACUAGAUUCACAGAGGAGAUCUUUGCCCUUCUCAUCUCAUUCAUAUUUAUAUAUGAAGUCUUCAAAAAACUUGCAACUAUAUUCAUCAAACACCCCUUAGCAGCGCACUACCCACCACCGCCAAUCUUCCCAGAGUUAAACUCUACAUUGGCAAAUAACCUCACGAUGGAUAACUACACAUUAGAUGGCAAUGCCUCUUUCCCUAACCCCCGUGAGGAAUAUGACUAUACCACGGGCCAGCCCAAUACAGCAUUGCUAUCUGUCAUAUUGACAUUUGGGACAUUUUUUAUCGCCUAUUUUCUAAAGCAGUUCAGGAACAGCAAGUUUUUAGGGCGAAAUGCCAGAAGAGCAGUUGGAGAUUUCGGAAUCCCUAUUGCAAUUAUCAUAAUGGUGCUAGUAGACUAUUCUAUACAAGACACAUAUACUCAGAAGCUAAACGUUCCUGAUGGUUUGAGUCCUACAGACCCCAAGAAAAGGGGGUGGUUUAUAAAUCCCAUGGGGAUCAACCAACCAUUCCAAGUGUGGCAAAUAUUUGCUGCCAUCAUACCUGCACUGCUUAUUUUUAUACUGAUGUUCAUGGAGAUUCAAAUUACCUCAGUCAUAGUCAACAAGAAAGAGCGUAAACUAAGGAAGGGCUCGGGGUACCACUUAGAUCUACUGCUUAUAGGGUUCUUCUCCUUGGGCCUUGGUCUGUUUGGUAUGCCCCUAGUGUGUUCUGCUGCUGUCCGUACAGUAGCCCACGUCUCAAGCCUCACCAUUAUGAGCAAAACACAUGCCCCUGGUGAGCAGGCUAAAAUAGUUGAGGUUAAGGAACAACGGGUCACAAAUGUUGCUGUACAUCUUAUGAUAGGGGUGUCAGUAUUGAUGGGCCCAGUGCUCCGCCAGGUGCCUAUUGCAGUGUUGUUUGGUGUAUUCAUGUAUAUGGGGGUAGCAUCAAUGUCAGGCAUACAGCUGUUAAACAGAGUAGAACUGAUGUUCAUGCCAGUCAAGCACCAUCCUGAUGUGGGAUAUGUUAGGAGGGUGAGGUCAGUGAAGAUGCAUCUUUACACAUGUGUGCAGUUACUAAGUUUGGCUGCACUGUGGGUGGUGAAGUCUACAGAGGCUGCUCUUGCCUUUCCGUUUGUGCUCAUAUUAACCGUGCCAUUGAGACUUAAACUUCUUAAGUACAUAUUUACAGAGAAGGAGCUACAUGAGUUGGACAAAGAAGAAGAGAGUGAAGAUGAAGACGAAGAUGAACCAGAUUUCUACCAGCAAGCUCACUUCCCAAUGUAACCCAUGCGGUGAAACAUCUGCCACAAUUUGCAUUGUUACUUGUGCAAUUUAAUGUCUGGAACAUUUCUCAAAGUAACACAUUUGAUUUCACAUCUGGAACAUUUGCUUACGUAUGGAAUUUCACAUCUAGAGCCUUGCCAAAGUUACACAUGGAAUUUCACAUCUAGAACAUUUGCCAAAGUUACAUAUGGAGUUUCACAUCUUGAACAUUUGCAAAGUUACACCUGGAAUU